AUGAAGAUCACAGCUCUCGCCGCCACCCUCAUCCUGGCCCUGGCCCCCAGCGUAUCCGCCUGGCGCGUGUACUUCUACCAGCUCCAGAAUGAACAGGGCCCAUCCAUCACCAAUGCCGGACCUGGAAAUCCCGGAUACCGCUGCUUCUCCAACGUCGACCCUCUCAACCAGAAGAUUUCGUCGAUGAGAUAUUACUCGGACAAUCCGGAGGGCACCACCCGCUGCUGUAUCCGUCUCUAUGACAGCCCCAACUGUGGCAACUACUUUGGCUAUGAGUUCUGCCACAACCAGUUUGUCAACUUUAACGAAAUUGGUUAUGACAACGAUAUGUACGAUGGAGCCAUCGCAGUCAACAUAGACACCACCCCUCUCGCCCUGGAUGAGGCGACGCGGACACUCUACAACCGCGCCAUCACCGACCCAUCCUCACUGACCGAUGCGGAACGAAAAAUCGUCACCCAUCGCCCGCCCGCAGAGGAAGAGGAUGCCCUCUGCCAAAGCGCCUGUGGACAGACCAUGACUGAAUUCAUUACAAAAGCCAUCCGCAAUGGUGAUGCUUUCACGUACAAUGAAGCCCACCUCCUAACGGCCAACCAAGCUGGACGGCUUCUGGCUGAACGGGCUCGGCUCAGCGCCGCGGACCGCGAUGUCACCCACAGGGCGGCCGCCGCUGCCACAGCCGAGGAGAUGAAGGCCGCGCGCGCCAGUGCCCAGGCCGUGCAGCACCGAUGGCACAUGGCACAGAACGCGGCAGCCGAGGCCCUGAGCGACGACGAUAUCCGCAAUAUCCGCUAUGCGAUGCGCAUACCCUGGCAGGAGCAUGUUCUGAGUUUCCCCGAGGCGACAGUCUGUGGCCUGGUGUUGCUCUACGUGGAUGGGCCCGAGUGGCCAGUCUUCAAGGCGCAGAUCGAAACGGCCAUUUAUCACGGGUUGCAUUAUAAAGCGCAGCUUAUGAAUGAAGCGGCCAUUACCAAGUUUACCCUGCACUGGGUGGCGGUUGUCGAACCCAACUCCGCGAGUUUCCUACGGGCCUCCGAUCGGAUUGUUUCCUCCAUGUGGACGAGGAGUCUCUGCGAUGAGGCCAGAUCGUACGUCUGGUUGUACGAGCCUGAGGAGACGGCAGAGCCGCUCAAGGUGCACAUCAAGCACAUCGCCCCGACGCUCUUUGCGCGUCUCACACAGCGCGAUCUCUCGGAUGAGGCAAAACGGCGACCGUAUCGCCAUACCUCGGAGCUGCGAAUGUUGCAUCAGGCGGCGCGUCACUCGCGGAAUGCAGAGGGAGACCCGGAUGGUAUUUGGCCGCCACCUGCUCGAUAUAUGUGA